AUGAUAUGAAAGAAGAGAAGGUCAGGAGGCUUUUAGAGCAGCCGUGCAGCCUUGUGCUUUGAACGUUGGUGCAAACUGAAAGGACAGCUCAUAAAUCUGAAGAAGAAAUACAUUAUUCUGUACCCCUGUUGAAUAUUGAGCAAAUGUCAAACUUACUUCUGGGUUUAGAUGUUAAACCGGGGCUGAUUUCAGAGCACAGUUUGUGGACGAUGAGCUGUAGGGGAGAAAGCUGGUCCUGCUGGCUAUAGGAGAGGAUGCUUGAGGCAGAGACAUGGGCUGUGGAGCGCUCUGCCCUCCAGUGACCGAGCUUCAGGAGGAGGGGAUUAACGCCAUCAAUCUUCCUCUCAGUCCCUCCCACUACGAGCUGGACCCUGAGGACACCAUGCUAGAGGAGAACGAGGUGCGCACCAUGGUGGACCCCAACUCCAAGAACGAUCGCAAACUGCAGGAGCUCAUAAAGGUGCUGAUUGAUUGGAUAAAUGACGUCCUGGUCGGGGAGAGGAUCAUUGUGAAGGAUCUAGCCGAAGAUCUGUAUGAUGGACAAGUUCUGCAGAAACUAUUUGAGAAGCUGGAAGGCGAGAAACUGAACGUGGCAGAGGUGACCCAAUCGGAGAUCGCCCAGAAGCAGAAGCUGCAGACGGUUUUGGAGCGUAUAAACGAAUCGCUCAAACUGUCCACCAGGAGCAUCCGCUGGAAUGUCGACUCGGUUCAUGCCAAGAGUAUAGUUGCCAUCCUGCACCUGUUGGUGGCGCUGUCACAACACUUCAGAGCACCAAUCAGAUUGCCAGACCACGUUUCUAUUCAAGUAGUGGUAGUCCAGAAGAGAGAAGGCAUCCUUCAGUCCAGGCAGAUCCAAGAAGAAAUCACUGGCAACACAGAGGCUUUCUCUGGCAGACAUGAGCGCGAUGCUUUUGACACCCUGUUUGACCACGCUCCAGAUAAGCUGAAUGUUGUCAAAAAGACUUUGAUCACCUUUGUGAACAAACACCUGAACAAGCUGAACCUAGAAGUGUCAGAACUGGACACACAGUUUGCUGACGGCGUUUAUCUGGUGCUGCUGAUGGGUCUGUUGGAAGGAUACUUCGUGCCGCUCUACAACUUCUUUCUCACGCCUGAAAAUUUUGACCAAAAGGUUCACAACGUGUCGUUCUCCUUUGAGCUGAUGCAGGAUGGAGGUCUGGAGCGACCAAAGCCCCGAGCUGAGGAUAUCGUGAACUGCGACCUUAAAUCAACGCUGCGCGUUCUCUAUAACCUCUUCUCCAGGUACAGAAACGUGGACUGAACGCUGCUCUUCACCAGUGGGAAGACAUUAAAGCAACACCAUUUGUUUUCAGUGAGGUUUUUUUAAGCCAUCCUUUUGUUUUAAGAAGUUAUUCUUUUUUUUAACUAAAUGAAUCAAAUUUGUUGCACUCAGAAAAACCAAUAUCUACUUUUACGUUGUAAAAACGGAUCUAAACGUGAGUUAAAUGUGCUUAAAAUAAAAUGUAUUUGCUCCUGAUAUGAGCAGGUAAUCGCCCACUAAAUAUGUUUGCCAUUAGUAUAAUGGAGAUUAUUUUUCUUAUUUAAAACAUAAACCAUCUUUUUUAAGUAGCCAAUUGUCUCACCUGCUCAAAACAAGGGAAAUAAUUUUAUUUUUUU